AUGAGGAUGCAGUCGAGAGCAGCAAGGAUGACAGCAUCUCAGAGGAACGUGAUGAUAUCCACUGUGAGCCAGUCGCCCAGCUCCCCGAGCAGGUGGGGUGUCACUUUGUUCAGGAAUGGACUUUAUCGCUUUGACAAGGCCGCAGCUCAGUGGAAGGAUCGUGGUAUUGGGGAUAUCAAGAUCCUGGGGAACACUUCGAUGAAGCGUUAUCGUGUCAUUAUGAGGAGGGACCAGGUCUUGAAGCUCUGUGACAACCACUACAUCACCACGGAAAUGACCCUUGAGUCCAACGCAGGGUCUGAGAAUUCCCUGGUUUGGCAGGCCAUGGACACAUCGGAGGGCGAACCACAAAUGGAGGAGCUGGCCGUGCGGUUAAGGCUAGCCGGGACCACCCACCGCUUCGAGACAGUCUUUGAAGAGUGCCAGGCAGAAUUGAGGAAACAGAGGGCAGUGUCUCAUCACAGCUUGCUACGAAAGGGACAUCCCCCAGCACGCAAUACCAUAGAGAAGCUGCAGUCCUUUCAGUGA